CUCUUCCCUCUGUCGCGUCCCUACUUCGUUUCCAUCUCACGUUCGGAUUCCCGUCUCGUCUCCCUCUUCUCUCCUCGCCGGAGCGUCUUUGAAAUUCGCCAGAUUUCGCAAUAAUUCCUCUACCGUUGUCCAUACUGUCGUCCAGCGUCAAUUCGAGAUAUUGUAUUGAGCGAUACGGAGAGAGAGAGAGAGAGAGAGACAGAGUGCGCAAAUAUUUGUAGAGAAAUUCGCACAUAAAUACAGGAGAGGAAGGGAAUUCCCUGGACCUACGGCAAUCCUUGCGAGGCGUCUGUCGACCGCUUAUCUCGAAGCCCUCUUAUCCGCAGAGCCUGACACUCCCCUUGUCUCUAUUCGUUUUCUCUUCUUCCCAAUCUAUCUUUUCUUCUCCCCCUUUCUCUCUCUCUUUCUCUGCAGCACCGAAUCUUUAUCUUUAUCUCUUCGUCGCCUCUCCUUAUCUUUGUUAGUUUUAUUACGUAUAUACUUCGCCGGUGGGCAUAACUUUCCGUCCCCUCAAUAAAGAUUUCAUUUUUUUCCGUCGCCGGUCUGGUUGGUGUUUAGGGUUCGUCUUCCCCCUCCCUUAUCUUGAAACCCUCGAGAAUCGCUGCGCCUAACGCUUUAUCAUUUUCGAUUGAUUCGAGGGUUUUUCUCUUUUUCCCUUUUCUUAUUAAUCCCACAAAUUAGUUUUCUUCAUCUGGGUGCUUAGGAUAUUCGUCGUCUUUAUCGGGUUUGGCUGUGUUCGGAGCUUGCAAUGGCGUUAAUUUCGAUUCUUUCGGAGAUCUUGCAAAGACCCACGAUUUGGGGCGUCCUGGGCGAGCUCAUGUUGUUCGUGGCUCCCGUUUGGAUUGCUGUCAUUGUUGGGGUUUUGGUUGGAUGGGCGUGGAAGCCCAAAUGGGCGAACCUGGGCAAGGAUUUCUUUGAUUGCCCCAAGGGGAAUUCUUUGGAGUCUCUGAUGCCGUCUUGCCUCGGCAGGAGCUUGGUUCCGAGCUUGAAUUCAUCGAAAUUGCAGCUGACGAGCUUCAUUUCUUCGGUCGCCAAUGAUGGGGCUGAGAAGGAGGCUUCUGCUGUGCCGCCGACCAUGAGUUCCGAUUGCAGUUCAUCACAUUCAUCACAGGGUGAGAGAGAAUUGUCGGGUCUCGUUGGGGACGACGAUCUAGAGCAUAUAUGCCGGCUUGUUGAAGUGACUGAUGGAGGUCCUGCUUGGAUUCAGAUGAUGGACCGAUCCACAGCAACUAUGGGUUAUCAAGCUUGGCGUAGAGAUCCUGAGACUGGGCCUCCACAAUACCGCAGUAGUACUGUUUUCGAGGAUGCCACUCCUGAACUAGUGAGAGAUUUCUUCUGGGACGAUAGUUUUAGACCUAAGUGGGAUGACAUGCUUAUUCAUGCUACAACCUUAGAGGAGUGUCCCACUACAGGCACAAUGAUGGUGCAGUGGUUGCGCAAGUUUCCAUUUUUCUGUAGUGACAGAGAGUACAUCAUAGGCCGUCGAAUUUGGGAAUCAGGAAGACAGUAUUAUUGCGUUACAAAGGGAGUUCCCAACUCUGUUCCCAGGCGCAACAAACCGAGACGUGUCGAUUUAUACUAUUCAAGUUGGUGCAUUCGCGCAGUUGAAUCAAAGAAAGGUGAUGGGCAGCUUAGUGCUUGUGAAGUAUUGCUCUUCCACUACGAAGACAUGGGCAUACCCUGGGAGAUUGCGAAGCUCGGAGUCCGCCAAGGCAUGUGGGGAGCUGUGAAGAAAAUUGAGCCUGGUUUGCGUGCAUAUCAAAAGCAAAGGUCCUCUGGGUCUCAGCUGUCACGCUGUGCCUUCAUGGCUCAAAUCAAUACAAAAAUCAGCAUGGACUACCUCCGAUCCCUGGAAGGUACUGUCAGCAAUUCAUCCGAAAUUGAACGCUGCGAUUCAUCCGAGCAGCAUCCUCGGAAGAACAUACCUAAAGUCCUCGUCAUCGGAGGGGCCAUAGUCCUUGCAUGUAGUCUUGAUCGGGGACUCUUGACCAAGGCGGUUAUAUUCGGAGUUGCCCGAAGAUUCGCUAAAAUGGGAAGGAAGUUAUGAUUCAAAUGCUUCCUGAAUUACACCCUGGUGCUGUUGAAAGUCUCGGCUGCGGGAGGUGGGAGACUUGUCGAGAUGGCCCACUGUAUCUAAGAAACCCUUUGAAAAGGAAGAGGGGGCCAGUGUAUUUUCAUUCUUUAGAUCGUUUUGAUUUUGGUUUAGCCGUGAAGCAAGCCUCUGAUCAGGAAGCGAUAUUGAUACCUGUAUUAACUGAUAAGUCUUAAUACCAUUGUUGCACCAUGUACUUGCAAGGAUAACAAAGAAUGCUGAGUGUCCAGUUUUUUAAACUUUGUUACAUUACAUGAGAAGAACGUUGUGGAGAGAGUGAACUUAGAAUUUUGUUC